CAAACCCUAGAUUUUUUUUUUUUUUUUUUCCUUUUUUCAAAGCAGAGUUCGCGCGCAGCAAUCUCUGUCUUGGAUUCUUUUCCACUAAAACCAAAGAUCGAAACACUAAUCUAUAGACCCUCGCAGACCUCGUUCGAGCGAAGCUAGGGUUUGAGAGUUAAUUUCUAGAUCUCAAACCCGCUUUGGUUUUUGCCGUUUGAUUGAUCAAUAAAAAGGAUGUCUCGGUGUUUUCCGUACCCUCCUCCUGGGUACGUGAAGAAUGGGAUCCGCGAUGAGGCCCUGAUCGAUUCGAUUAAGAUCCAAAGAGAAGAAGAGAAGGCCAGGAAAGAAAGGAAGAAGGAGAAAAAGCGGGAGAAGAAAGAGAAGGAGAAGGCCCGGAAAAAUGGAGAAAUUGAUAAUAAGAAGCAAAGACACAAGAAAAGGCACAGGGAGGAAAGGAGCCAAGAAGAUCAGAAAGGAGGAGACCCUCACAAGAGAAGAAAAUAUGAAACAGAAAAUCUUGAGAAGAGUAGCCUUACUGAAGAACAUGGUCACCCGGUUGGUUCCCAGAACUCUUCUGAUAGCACCUUGAACAGCAACAAAAGGCAGAAGCAGAGCUUGUCCUCUGAUGGCAAGCAUAAUUCUGGAAGCAUUUUCCGGAUCCGGUUGCCUCUGCAAAGGCACAAAGAUCCCGAAGUGUUACCCAGCAAGGAACAGCCUUGCUCUUCGUCGGGAAGGACUGAGGAUGCCUUUGCUCAAGGGGUGCAUGAAUCUGUUCCUAGACCUGGCAGAGAUCCAGAAGAAAAUUGCUGUUCUACUUCUGGAAAUGUGGGCCAAGAACUCACUUUCAGGCUCGCUAAAGAGCCCUUCCCUUCCUCCCAAGCAUCUGCAAUGUUUGCUCACAAGGCUGAACCAGUUGCACUGCCAAGUGCAACUGGCAGUGAAUCUUUCUCGUUACCAUCGCCGCUUCGAGGCUUAAUACAGAAUUGGGUUCCACCUCCUAUUCAAAGGGAAUGUUCAGAAUCUGAUGAUCUGGAAUGGCUGUUCGAGUCGAAGCGGAACUGCAACCGUGCAGUUGAAAGAUAUAAAGUCGGCACUGAUGGCUUGUGUGAUCAAAACUCAACUACUUGGCCACGAGCUAGCUAUUUGCCAGAGGCUGAUAUAUACGCAUUACCAUUCACAGUGCCGUUCUGAACUGUCUCUGGAAUGAUUGGCCAAUGAGGAGAGGAGCCCAGGGAGAGCCUUAUUUCCUGCUUAUUUAAUUAUUCUUCUCGGUGCUGAAAGUGUGAAGAGGUUUCCAGCAUUUCAACCGUUCCCUGCUUUUAUGCAUCUGGAGCAACUCUAGCUGGUACUGGGUGGGGUAAAAUUUUGUGCGAGAGCUAUGGGUUAAAGGGUAGAGUUUGACGAAUGGAAUUAUUCUUUUUGUAGGGAGAUAGUAUAUUAAUAUGCACCACAGGUUCAAUUCUUUCAAUCGGUAACAUAUAGUCAUCCAA